GAGAAAUUAAAAAUAGAAGAAUGGUGACCAAUUUUUUGUUCUUUUUUGUUUAUUUGCUGAAUUUUGUUACAACAGAAAGUUCCCUUGUUAAUCUCACUAUACUUCAAACUGCUGUUGCAAAAGGAGCUGUUUGUUUGGAUGGAAGUCCACCAGCAUAUCAUCUUGAUAGAGGAUCAGGUACAGGAGUGAAUAAUUGGGUAAUAUCAGUUGAGGGAGGUGGAUGGUGCCAAAAUGUUGCACAAUGUCUUCUGAGGAAGAAUAGCAAGUAUGGCUCUAGUGCAAAAAUGGAAAACCAAGUUUAUUUCUCUGGGAUGUUGAGUAAUGAACAGAAAUUUAAUCCAGAAAUUUACAAUUGGAAUAGAGUUUUUGUUAGAUAUUGUGAUGGAGGAUCCUUUACAGGAGAUGUUGAAGCAGUUGAUCCUGGUACUGGACUUCAUUAUAGAGGGGCAAGGAUAUUCAAAGCUAUUAUGGAGGAAUUAUUGGCCCAAGGAAUGAAUAAAUCUGAAAAUGCUAUACUCUCUGGAUGUUCAGCAGGAGGAUUGACAACAAUUUUGCAUUGUGACAAUUUCAGAAUUUUAUUACCAAAUAGUGUUAAAGUUAAAUGUUUUUCAGACGCUGGCUAUUUUGUUAACAUAGAGGAUAUUUCAGGGAAACCAUUUAUUCAACAAUUCUUCAAUGAUGUUGUCACUUUACAUGGCUCGGACAAGAAUUUGCCUCCAUCAUGUACUUCAAAGUUGGAACCAGGUUUGUGCUUUUUCCCUCAAAAUGUGGCUCAACAAAUUCAAAAACCACUUUUCAUUAUAAAUUCAGCAUAUGAUGGUUGGCAGGUAAGGAACAUUUUGGUGCCACGUGGUACCGAUCCUAAGGGUGCAUGGAAUAGCUGUGGAGCUAAUAUAAAAACUUGUACACCAGAUCAACUCAAAGUUCUUCAAGGUUUCAGAUUGAACUUUUUAAAGGCAUUGGAAGGUCUAGGGCCAUCUUCAACAAGAGGAUAUUACAUCAACUCUUGCUUUGCACAUUGCCAAACUCAAAAACAAGCUAGUUGGUUUGGUCCCAAUUCACCUAGAUUAUUCAACAAGACAAUAGCUGAAGCAGUAGGAGAUUGGGUUUUGGAGAGAAAUCAGUUUCGACAGAUUGAUUGCCCUUAUCCUUGUGACAAAACAUGUGGUUAA